UCGGCUCGGCCGGGGAAGGAGGGAGUAGGAGGAGGAGGAGGAGGAGGAGGGAGCUGCCACGUCCUCUGCGGAGAGCGGAGCGCCUCAGCCCCACGUGCGGCGGAGCGGGGAAGUUGCCGGCGGCCGCCUCGCGCUCUGCCCCUCUCUCUGUCUCUCUCUCAGGCGAACGCAACUCCGGUUUCUUUUGCUGCCAACCAUUGGAAGGAGUCGGAAUUUUUCAACCCCUUGUUUCAAGUGACCUCAGCCUGUUCUCUGCAGCUCAGCUCCCUCUGCUCCCCCAUUUUGGUGAACAAAAGACCCUAUUUGGAGGAUGAGGCAGCUGAGAGGAAAGCCCAAAAAGGAGACCUCCAAAGAUAAAAAGGAGAGGAAACAGGCGAUGCAAGAGGCCCGCCAGCAGAUCACCACGGUCGUGCUUCCCACGCUGGCCGUCGUAGUGCUGCUGAUUGUUGUGUUUGUUUAUGUAGCGACUCGUCCAAAUACAACUGAAUGAUGCAGCUUUUCAGACCUUCUAACUUUGGGGUAUUAAUACUUUUAUCAAGAGCCAAAAGAAACUCUCUGCCACUCUCAAUACUUCACAAAGGAACUUGCUGGUACUUUCAGUCUUUCUCUUGGUUAGGAUUCCACAGUUUCUCUUUAGGAAUGUAACAUAAAACGUAUUAGUGAAUGUGCCAGUACGUUUUAUGGUCCAGUUCAUGUGCCUUUCAGACUUUUACAAUGGUGUUUUUCUUAAAUCUGUUUGAAGUUCUAUAUUGUAAAAGGAAAUUCUGUUCCGCUAUAAAUUUGUAAAAAAUCAGCUUUCAGCUUUUAUCACUGUUAUGGAUGAUGUUGCUCCCAUGAGCUCUUGUAUGUCUAUUUCAGAACUUCCAAAGAAGUACAUUUCUUCUUUGUACUUAAUGUCAUAUGAAACACUUUGAUUCACAAAGGAUAUAUUUAUUUUUUGAAUAAAAGAGAGAAGUCUUACUUGGAAUCUUAUUUUGCAAAAAAAAAAAAAGUGACUUAUUGUGAGAGACUACAUUGUGUAAUAAUUUUUUCAUUAAACACUAUAUAGUUCACUCAAAAAGAAUUUCUUUUUGCAGCAAGGUGUGUGUGCAAAGUGAAUACUCAGGAUCCACUGACGUUGGGAAAGCAGAUUCUACUAUUUCUGCUGUUUUUGGUGAAGUGGCUAACUACAGACUGCAUAAACACAGUGUGAGUGUUAAGUAUUUAAAUCCAUCAAGUGGCAAUAAAAGGUGGUUUUGGAUUCA